AUGCCAAUAUGGAUUGUGUGCCCAAAUAAGUCAGGUUGCGUGCCGAUUGGGUUAAAGAAAGCUUCCAGGUAUGAAAUAACAUUCCCCCGAGAGAAGAGACGCUCUUUGCCUCUGGUCAACUAUCAACAAGUGUUCUACGACUUCGUCAACCAUAUCAUCCUCGUUUCAUUCUCCAGCACCGAAGAGUUUAGCUUGCUAAGGAGACACGAACCAAGACUGCUCCUGGCCGCGAUCAACGCUGCAUGCAGAGCGUCGGACCUGAGCCUCUUCCGCAAGCUUUACUCCCAUGUACGGGGUAACCUAUCGAAGCAGGUCAUGGUCCAGGGAAGACGGUCACUCGAGCUAGUUCAGAUUGGUACUUCGGUCAUGAUUGAGUGGUACGAUUCUCCCGGCAGCAUGAGACACCUCGGGCUUUUACACAAGGAUCCGAACGGCGCGGGCGUCAUGGUGCGCAAGCUGGGGCUUUGGCCUUGGAGCGAGGAGGUUGUGGGCGCGGAGCAUACCGUUACUGCGGCUGGUUGGAGGGCGACGUUUGCUGCCUAUCUGACCAUAUUGAUGCAAGCGAAUAUUCAGCUCAUCUCUCUUCCUCCCUGCCUUUGCUUUGUUUGCUCCUCAGUAGACGAGUACGAAUGA